AUGGCAUCUACAAUUAGUUUCAAACCAGACGAUUUUGAGGAUAAUAAUCCUUUCGCUGAGCCCAGCGAUGAAGCGUUUAAUACUCAACAUCCUGAGGUGGAAGAUUCACAUGAGGUGGAACAAACGCAGGAGACUGGGGAAGUAUCCACUACACAACAAACAGAAACGCAGAUUGAGCAUGAAGACAGUGGAAGCUUAGUUAAAAAGGAAUUGAUGAAAUUGUUACCUGAGCGUUUCUCCGACAAAUACUCGAUGCAAUUGAUUCUACGUAAUAUCGAGCCCAACAAACCAGGGAACCCCAUUUUACGAUUCGAUGCAAAGGUAACAGGAAUGAGCAAAUAUCGUCAGGGAACUUAUAAAGACAUUCGCAGGACGUACAAUGAGAUCGUUAAGUUCAAUAACUACUUGAUUGUGUCCAAUUUGGAAGUGUUUGUGCCUAGAAUUCCACUGCCACAAACUUCUUAUCCCACUGGUGGGGAAGAAGAAAAUAAACGGUUAUUCUAUAUCUGGCAAGAAUGGUUUGAUCGCUUAACUCAAAACCCUAUAUUAGUGAGGGACGAGGAGUUUGUUUUCUUCAUCGAGAACGAUUUUGGUUAUUCUGUGAUUAACAGUGGGAGAAAAUCUCUGGUAGCCAGUGGCUUAGUCCGGAAAACUUUGAAGCAAUUGGCACCACCAUAUGAUCCCUAUGUUGAAUUGGCAGAAUUCAGGCCCAUGAUCAAAUCAGCGUACUUGCUCUUGCAGCGCCUUCUUCGAGCUAUGGAGAAAAACCAAAAGAAUGAGCGUCAGCUUUCUUCAUAUAUCAGUGAAUUGGCCACGAAGCUAAAAGGUCUUUCGCAUUUUGAGACAGUGCAUCCCGGGAUGAAGAAUAUGUGGGAGAAAUUGGCGAAGAUCACUCAAAUCAUGAGCGACUCGAACUUGAUUCAACUGAUUAGUGACAUGGGCACCUUGGGCGAUAGCUGCCAAGCAUUAGUUGACGAUUUCUAUGAGAUUAAAGAAGCCCUUACGAAUAGACAUCUCAUCAUGAGAGAAUUACUUCAUGCCCAAGCGCAAACACAAGCUAAGCAUGCUCAAGCUACAAAAUUUAAGAAUAAGCUGUCACUUGAUCCCAUCAAAGUAGAUGAAGCUUUGAGAGCCUUGGAUUAUGCUACAAAAGCAGAGGAGAGUCUUCAGAUGCAAGUAAAGCGAAUUUCAGGUGAGAUGAUAUUUGAAAAGCGCGAGGUUGUCAACUUCAUAGAAUCUAAGUUCCAAAAAACGCUUAAACAAUUUACCUUGGGCAGAGUCGAGCAACACAGAAGAUUUUUAAAAAGCUUGGAGAACAUUCGAAUCGAUAUAAGAAUAAUCGAUCAAAAUGGUGGCUUAUCUCGUUUGAAUCGAGAUAAUUUGACCCAAAUGAAGCAUAAUCUCCCUCUGUCACAAGCCGCGAACGGGGACUCAUGGAGCUCCCGAACUUUCCGAAGCUUAGCUGCAGACCACGAGCUCAAGGAGCAAUCUCUCCGGCAGCAGGCAGAAAUGGAAGGUGCGGUUGUUGACGCUAAGCAAGCCGCUUGUAUACUUGGUGCUGCUACAUUCUGA